AUGCGGACUGCUUCUACAAACAUUUGUGAAAGACUGUGCAAUAAGUCCAUCCAUGGAAUUUCCUUGCUACUAAAUAUUCCACGCUCAACUGCUAGUGGUAUUAUAACAAAGUAGAAGAAGCCGGGAACAACAGCAAUUCAGCCACCAAGUGGUAGGCCACGUAAAAUGACAGAAUUGGGUCAGCACAUGCUGAAGCGCACAGUACAUAGAAGUUGCCAACUGUCUGCAGAGUCAAUAGCUAAAGACCUCCAAACUUUAUGUGGCCUUCAGAUUACCACAACAACAGUGAGUAGAGACCCUCAUAAAAUGGGUUUUCACGGACAAGCAGUUGCAUCCAAGCUUUACAUCACCAAGUGCAAAGGAGAGCGUUGGAUGUAGUGGCGUAAAACACACCGCCACUAGUCUCUAG